AUGGGUAGAUAUUCGGUUAAGAGAUACAAGACCAAAAGAAGAACACGAGACCUGGACCUGAUCUAUAAUGACCUGGCAACCAAGGAGUCAGUACAGAAGCUUCUAAACCAGCCUUUGGACGAAACCAAGGCCGGCCUGGGUCAGCACUACUGUAUACACUGUGCCAAAUACAUGGAGACCGCCAUAGCUUUGAAAACGCACUUGAAGGGGAAGGUGCACAAGAGAAGGGUCAAAGAACUGAAGGGCGUCCCGUACACACAAGAGGUCUCUGAUGCAGCUGCGGGCUACAACUUGAACAAGUUCUUGGACCGCGUACAAGAAAUCGCACAAUCGGUGGGCCCAGAAAAGGAAACCAAUGAGUCCUUGCUGAAAGAACAUAUGGACACUACCUUGGCAAACGUCGCCACGACAGAACCUACGCUUCCGUGGGCUGCCACACCUGCCACAGAAGCCACAGAAGCCGAAUCCGCCACUACUACGACUGCUCAACAAUAA